AUGCCAGCCAUGGGGGGUUCAAGAAAAGGUAAACGGAAGAACAAAGGAAAAUCUAAACCAAAUAAGUCUGAGACUGCCGAACAAAAGUCGGAAGCACUCAACCCUAAGCUUGAUCUAGGGCAAGCAUUGAGCAGCAACCCCAAUGGGCCUUCUAAUAUUGAGGACGAGAGUCCUCAGACAGAUACGAAUUUCAAUUCGGCCGCAAAAACUCCCAUGAAUCUGGAGGUCAACUUUGAGAGAUUCCUUUACAUAAAGCUCAAUCAAUCAUAUAACACGGCUCUAGAACGUCUCUUGACCUUAGGAUACAGUGAACCCGAUGUAGAAAUAGCUAUCCUGAAUGCUGGAUACGUUCAUGGGUAUACAGACCUCGUGAAUAAGGUCAUACACAAUGUCAUUGGGUUUAUUGAGGAAGUCUUCAACCCGACUACAGAACCUUUUGGCGACAUGGAUGAGUUAUGUAAAACUAUGCUUGAAGAAAUGGUUAAUUACGUCAUGCAGACACGGCCUGACAUGCAAAGGUCCGAAGCUGUGUGGCAUCUUUUAGUUAUGAGGUGGGACCUCAUCUCGUCUGCCAAUACAACUUGUAGCCACUGUGAAACUGAGGAUGCAUGUAUCUUUGAAAAUCUUUUCUCCGAGAAAACUCAAUCCAGUUUGAAGAAUGAUUCAUGGUUUAAGAAAAUGGGAAGUUCUAAACCUAUCGAUCAUUUUGGUGAUACAGAGGAUGAUUUAAAAAUGCUUGUUAUCCCAAGCACCAGUGGAGAAAAAUCAGAGGCAUCGCGUAUUUUAAGCAGGUCAGUGUUGGAAGAAUGCUCUGAUGGUUUAAAAACACGAAUGAUUGCUGAUUUGGUGACUCAAAUCAGGGGCUUACAGGAGGAGUUGAAGUGUCGGACAAUGUGGGCCCAGCAGAAAGUGAUUGACUGGGCAAAAAAGUUGACUGCAACUGCAUUGGAGCUUCAAGAGCUACGGAUGUUUGAAGGUGAAGGGGUCAAGGGAAAAAGUAAAGACGAGAAAACGCAUCUGAUGACGUUCAUGGUGAAGCUGCGGGAAAAAGAGAAAUCUCUCGAGCAAGCAAACCGCGAGGCAAGUAUUGCGGAAAAUGCUGUGAAGAAGAUGGAACUUGAGAAUAGCAAAAUUAGAUCUGAGAUUGAUGGAUUUAAGCUGAAUAAUUUGGAAUCCAAGAAGGAAUUGAAGAAAGUUGCCAAGAGAGAGAAAAGGCGCUUGAAAAGGCUUGUGGAGCUUGAGAGGCAGACUAAUGUAUUGCGCUUAGAGUGUGACGAGGAGAAACAGAGGGCGUUGCAGCUGAAAGAGGAGUUGGCUAAAGUUGAGAAACAAGCUGAGGAUGCUGAGGAGAAGUGGAAGCAGGAAGUUAAGUCAAAGGAGCACAUUCUGGCUCUUGUGGCUCAAGAAACUAAGAAUUUGGAAGACCAAAAAGCCAGCUCGACUGCCCACCUGGAAAAACUGCAGCAGCAACUCAAAUCAGACAUUCAGCAGGCACAGAAAAAAUGCUUAGCGCUCGAGGACGAGCUGUCCCGUCUCCGCGAAUCUCUUCCAGUUGAGGAUUUAUUGCCAGAGAACUUGGAUUUCCUGUACUGCUAUGACAAAGCGUCAUCUUCCGGAUCAAGGGAGACGAAGAUGGUGGACCACUGGACAUGCAUGAUUUGCAUGGUAAAUGAGGGUUUUCUUUGGGCUUUCUUCGGGGGGUCUCAGGGAUGGGGAGCAAACCCCUGGGUUUUUGUGCGGGUGGAGAAUUAG